AUGGUUGAUGAUACAUCUGAUAAUUUCAAAAUUGCUCCUGAAAAAUUGACGGGUCGCACUACCUAUGAUUCUUGGGCUCGUAUUGCUCGCAUGUCCAUUGCUAGCAAGAAAAAACUUGGCUAUAUUACUGGUACCAAGAAGGCCCCUGAGAAAACUAAUGCUGAAGCCUAUGAAACUUGGGAGGAGAAAAAUUGCACUGUUCAAACAUGGCUUCUUAAUUCAAUGGAGAAACAUGUGAGAGUUCUCUUCGAUAGUCUUCCUACAGCAGCGACUAUCUGGUGUGCUGUAGAGAAGACAUAUAUUGUAACUAACAAUUCUUCCAGAGUAUAUGAGUUAACACAGAGAUCUGUCAACAUCAAACAAGAAGGUCGUACCCUUGAAGUUUACUAUGAAGAACUACAAACUAUCUGGCUGGAACUCGAUGCUAUUAAUCCUCCUCAGAUCAAGAAUGAAAUUGAUCUCUGCACCCACUUAGCAACUGUCAUAAAUUUUCAUGUUUACAUCUUACUGGCAGGAUUAGAUUCUCAUCUUGAUGGAGCUCGUGCCCAUGUGCUUCGUUCUGAUUCUCUUCCUAAUGUCCUAGAAGCUUAUGCCAUGAUUUGUGAGGAGGAUACUUGCUUAAAAACUAUGGGGAGUGAGGAAAAGACAAGUGGCAGUGCCUUAGCUGCACGUAAAGGGAAGGAGGGCAGUUUAUAUGAGUCUCCUAAACUCUUCUCCAAAUCUAGUGGAUCAAAUCUGGCUAAAGAUGAACGUAAAUGCUCUCAUUGUGGUAAAAAUCAUAUUGUGGACAAAUGUUGGAAACUUCAUGGUCGAGCUGAUUGGGCAGAUGAGCUUAUUGCUAUAAAACAAGGAAGUAGAGCAUCACUUGCUACCACUUCAACCAUUGAGAAUGCAGAUGAGGCCAAGUCAGGUAACUUUGAUUAUGCUCUAUGUACUCCUACUUCUAGUUGUAAUAAUGCAUGGAUAAUUGACACUGGAGCAACAGAUCAUAUGACUAAUAACCCUAAGAAAUUCAUUACCCUCACUAAAAACUACUCAAAAUAUUAUGUUAGAACUGCCACUGGUCAAAUAAUCUCUGUUACUAGGAUUGGUACCAUUCAACUUAUACCCAACAUCAUGUUGCUCAAUGUUCUCCUGGAUCUUCAUACUCAGGAGGAGAUGGGACGUGGUUUUAAGAGAGGGGACUUGUGGUACUUUCAUCAUGGUUCAAAGUUGAAUAUUUUAGCAAACCAGACUAGUAAGCAUUUUUCUGCAACUAUCAAAGUAAUGCGUUCAGAGAAUGGAGGUGAAUAUCUCACAAACAACCUUGCUAUUUUCUUUCAGUUACAAGGUAUCGUUCAUCAAACAUCUUGUGCUAAUACACCACUACAGAAUGGUGUGGCUGAGCGGCGUAAUCGCCAACUUCUAGAGGUUACUCGAGCUUUCUUAUUUGAAAAGAAUGUUCCUAAAUAUUUAUGGGGUGAUGCUUUGCAAUUUGCUAUAAAGGAUACCGUUGUUAUCACCCACCUACUCAAAAUAUGUGGGUUACUAUGGGUGAAGACUGUAACGAAAGGCUUGGGUUUUCUACCUAUUGGUGCUAUGCCUUUAUAUUGUGAUAAUAAAUCUACAAUUGCAAUAGCUCAGAACCCUGUACAGCAUGAUCGCACCAAACAUGUAGAUAUAGAUAGGCACUUCAUUAAAGAAAAGUUGGAAGCUCAUAUUAUUGAAGUUCCAUUUUUGAAAUCUGAAGACUAG